AUGGGAAGAGCAAAAAUAGAGAUAAAGAGAAUAGAGAACAAGACAAACAGAGGGGUGACUUAUUCAAAGCGUAGAAAAGGGCUAAUUAAGAAAGCCUAUGAGCUUAGUGUGCUGUGUGACACUGAUGUUGCUCUACUCAUGUUCUCUCCUACUGGUCGACUCACAUCCUUCUCUCCAAAACAAAGAAUUGAAGAUGUGUUUUCUCGUUUUUUAAAUCUCUCUGAACGCGAUAAAGGGAGGAUGAUGCAUGGAACCAAUCCAGCUGCUGCCUCUACCACCAGCCAAAUUCAUCAGGAACUCAGGCAGGAAAUUAAUGCUUUGCUACAACAAAUUCAUGUAGCUGAGGAAAAAUUAAGUAUGUAUGAGCCUGAUCCUGGGAAGAUGACAUCAUUGGAAGAGCUCGAAGCAUGUGAGAAACAACUUGAGACCCUCUUAAUUUCUGUCGUUAAGAGAAAGAUGAGUCUAAGUUCAAAAGUGAAAGCAAGCGAAGAAGAGAGCAACGAAGUGGAUUUAUUAUCUUACGACGAUGCUUUUAAUCAACCACAAAUUUUCGACUAUGGUACUACUUCUGAAAGGAAUAAUGUCUUUUCCUCAACAAUGGUUCCUCCAGAUAUUAAAGGAAGCAAAUCCAAUAUGAAUGUUGAAAAAGGCCAAGCUAUAAAUGAUAAUAACAUCUUGUCAUGGCAUUAUAUGUCACCAUUCAAGUGA